AUGCACCCUCUAAAUCCUUUUCUCCGAGCCUUCUUUCGAAGCACUGUUCCGGGGCAGUGUAUACCCGUGGAGAAUCAUGUACUUCUUGUCCCUACGACGGAUUGCCUGGUCGGCUCACGGGACCGGGAGUCCAAUUUGUACUACUCGGAUCUCGUCGCGUCGGAGGAGUUUCUAGGGAGCCACGUAUUACGAAUUCCGCUCAACACAGGCUCGAAAGAUGGAAAAGAGGACUCAAAUGUGCGCGACAAUAGAGGAAAAGCAAAGCAAGUCACAACAUUCAAUGGGAGGACGGUAAUCAUUAAGGAGAACUCGGUCUACAGCAACAAAGGUUUCAAGUCUCUCACUCAAGCCCAACUCUUGUCCGACGCCUUAUAUUAUACACCCUCGAGCGAGUCGCGACCAUGGCUCAUAUACUACAUCUCACGUCCUUUAAUCGGGACCUUUGAUCCCGCCAGGAUAGUUCCCGCUGCAGUGCCAGGGACCAACACAAAGACGAUCGAGUCGCCCCCUCCCGAUAAGAAGACCGUGAAUAGACAGUCCAUCGGGACACCGCCAAAGCAAGAAAUCAAAUCUUUCGGCGAGCUGUUGGCCAAUUUCCCCAUGAUCGCAAGGCAGAUGCAGCCUGGUCUAGAAAGGUUAUUUCGGGAGUUUGGUAAAGAACUGGGCAAGCCGCUGCCACCGCCACCUUCGAGAUCGCCUUCAGCUUCUGGUAGCGAAAAUGAGCACAAAUUAUCCCGCGCCGAGACUUUGAUAGAUGAGAGUUCAUCUAUCCGUAGUUGGUCAUCUCGCCGUGGACGCCUACCAUUCAACUCAGAAGAAUAUUUUGAGGACGACGAAGAUCUCAUGAGGCGGAGCUUGGAGACCGCCGUAACCGCCGCUAUUGAUCUCUUCCGGUUGGUCGACAAGCAGCAAUUAUCUCUCCUUGGUGCCACAACCGAUCUUACUGGCCCUUUGGUAGAGCGACUUAUUGAGCGAUAUGUCGCGGAGCAAGUUCACCAGCCGCUACUGUUUCCACGUCUUUGUGCUUUCCGGCAGCCCGAGGAUUCAGAGUUAGACUCCAGGAUCCGACAUAUGGAAAGCAUCGACGUGACUCAAGUUGGGAUCAGCGUUGAAGGAGGACGUGAAGGUAAAAGAGAACUGAUCCGCCGGCUCGGGCGAGCCGUGGAAGAGUUCAGAAAGAUGGGCGAUGCCAGAAGUCCACAUGAAAUGCUCAAUACCCUGCUAGAAACGGUCAAAGUCAUAUCCUAUCCUGGGAGUUAUAAUCAACUAGACGGGCUCGGAUCUGAGAAAGGGCGAUCCCCCAUCACUAUCAAUGCGGAUGUCUUGGUUUCAUUGCUGUUGGUUGUCGUGAUCAGAUCUCAGAUUCGUCAUCUGCAAGCCCGCCUACUUUACAUGCAACACUUCAUUUACAUCGAUGACGUGGAUAGUGGUGAGAUGGGCUAUGCGCUGAGCACUUUCGAGGCAGUCUUAAUGUACUUGGUCACUGAUUCCGCUGGUCUUCGUCGCGCAAGUGUGAGAAACCGACGGUUAUGGCAAGCUACCAAAGCCGGUCGAGUUUCGGACAUGAAGAGCAUUCUCGAGCCUAAUGGGGACCACGAUUCUAUCGACGAAACUAUUUCUCACCAGCCCGAGCGCAAGUCAGUCUUCUUUCAAACCGACAGCAUUGAGGACCUCGAAGAGUCUCCCUUUGAGACAUCUUCAAUGUAUAGCAACUCAGUCUGUACAAAUGGCGAGCCAUUCCCAUCGCUUGACAUUCCUGCUUCUGAAGCACCGCCCCUAUCGCACGUGUUCCCAUUUCAAACUUGGGAUGGGCCGUCAGCUGUAAGGGAUCUUAACAGGCCCGUGAAAAAAGUGUCUAUGGAUGUUCGCAGCAUGUCAGAGUCAUCGGCUGUCUCCUUCCUCUCUCGAACCACUACCAUUGGGUCAAUGGCGAGCGGCAUUGAGGGCGAUAGCUCCAUUGAAACUAUGACUAAGACUCAAGAUCCUGCUGGCGAUUCGAUACCUAUGAUGGCCGUAGGAAGACGCCAAACAGAAGCAUUGAAAUAUUUGCUGAGCCUCGAAGAAUAUUAUCCUUUGGAAGAUAUACUCGAAGACACAAAUGCUGAUGGGACCACUCUACUCAACGCUGCUGUGCAGCUUGCACACUGCGAGAUUGUUGAGAUUCUCCUGGAUUUCCUUUUUAGCAAAACCGAUGAUAGUGUGAUUGCGAAGUACCUGACCAAGUCUGACGUCCAUGGUCGAACCGUGGCCCAUUAUCUUUUCAGCACGCCUUCUCUUCUGGCCCGGCUUGGUGGCCUUCUUCCCUGGCGACAAAAGGACAAGCAUGGGCAAACACCGCUUUUUGCACUCUGUCGAUCGUAUGAUCACCCCGAGUACAAGCGCAUGGUUCAGUCUGCCUUGACGGCAGCACAGAAGGCACAAGGUAAUGGAAAACCUUUGCAACUGGAUGACCAUGUCGAUGCCAAGGGUAACACGCUUCUCCAUAUUGUGGGUGAUCCUGAAAUAACCACUCGGAUCCUCCAGGAGAGUGAUUGUGACCCUAAUGCUACAAAUGACAAGCGAUUUACCCCACUGAUGAUGGCUAGCAAGUAUGGGCGUGUGGAUCAAGUUCGGAUUCUUUUCUUGGAUCCACGAGUCGAUGUCCAUGUCAAGGAAGCUCGGGGAUUGACAGCCGUCGAGCUUGCAAAAGACGAUGAGGUCCGAAAUAGAAUUGACGACUUGAUUUUGCUAUCGCACCCACCAUCAACACUGGGUGACCCGUCGGGCCGUGUCACUACUGUGGUGCGAUCUUUCUUUGUUGAAGAUGCAACGGUGCGAUUUAUUCUCAAGUCUGGCGCACCACACGCACAAACGUCGGACUCGGUAGCAUCUUCUCGGCCAGGCUCGACGACUUACACUGUCACCACAUGUCGUCGAAGCUUCCAAGAUUUUGAAAAUCUUGCUAAAUGGCUCUCCGUGGAGCAUCCCGCUUCCUAUGUACCGUCUCUUUCUGAUUUCCGGAAUCCAUUCCAGAUUCACUCCAAACCAUCUCGGUCCGUGCUUCAUGAUCUACAGGAAAAGCUCGAUCGGUUCUUGAAGACUCUUCUGACACAUCCCACCUUCGCUACCCACGAGAUGCUCUGGGAAUUCUUCCUUGUGCCAGAACUGCAACCGGAGAUGAUGGCAGAUAGAUCUCGCAGCAAGGCAGCGGUGUUGACCGAAACCAUCGCAGAUGACUUCGCGCCUAUCUCGCUGGAGGGCAUGCGUGAUACAGAGCAAUUUGUAUCUCAUGCGCAAGAUAUGGUGCGCGGCGUACACGUUAACACGCGCAGCCUGAUCCGACGUGGACAUGCACUUCAAAACAGUACCUCGGAUAUGGCGGACGCUGUGUCACUCUGCUCAUCUGUCCUCUCCACUCUCCAAGAACCUACAAAUGCUCUCCCGAAAUCCUACAUCGAAGCGUUCACCCGCUACGGUACCUGCCUCUCCACUUCUAGCUCGGACUCCUCCCCACUUCUCCACUAUCUUGCCGCACUCACAGCAAUUGACAACACCACCGCCGCCAUCCUCACAUCUCUCUCCCGCCCUCUCUCCCUCAUGUCAGACCUUACCUCCACAAAUCGAACUAUCGCACGCUCUCGCUCCUCUCUUCUAUCCUCAUCCCUCCCUCGCAAAUUCAACAUCAAUCUCCCCGGCUUCGAAGAGUCACGACAGAAAUCGGCCCGUGACCUGGAACAGAAGAUCGGCGACGGCGAAGUCGAGUCAGCCCGUCUCGCGAGGGAAGUCUCGUGGAAUAAAGACGUCGUCGUAGGCGAGUUAGCCGGGUGGACGACAUGGCGCGAGAAGGUCGGUCGCGAGGCCAUCCGCGCAUUCGUCAAAAACACCCUCGUCCGUGAAAAAGAGCGCGGAAAGCGCAUGGAGCGCUGCCUGCGUAGCGUGCGAGAGAUGAAGCCAUGA